AUGAGAAGUUUCUUCCUUUUCCUUUCAUUUCUGGCCACCGUCGGGUGCUAUCGGGUCAGCGAGGCACUCAACGAGCAACUGCAGGACAAGUGCGGAAGACGUAGACGGAAUUUCAAAGUGUCAAAAUUUGAAAAACGAACACUAUUUGUUUUCAGAAACGUACCAACGCAAAGUGAUAAACGGAGCGGAAACGUACCGCGGCGAGCAUCCGUGGGCCGCCUCGCUCUACAUCCGCUACAACGGAUCGGUGAUGAUCGGGCCGGCGACGAUCAUCUCGCCACGUCAUCUGAUCGCGUUCAACCUCGUGCGCGACAACCAGGGAUACCACAGCAUUCUGAAGAAGUUGCGCAUCAGCGGGACGGUGCUGUGCGAGGGUGUGCACCUGCUUCUUCCGCAGAAGAUGCUCUCUGCCUUCGACAUUGAUUUCGAGUACCUGAGCCCGUUGAACGCGUCGCGCAAGUUCCGCGACUCUGUCAAUCGGAUCACGGUGAUCAACGGAUGCUCGAGUCUCGGAAACGACAAGUUGAUGGUCAUCGAACUGCGGGAAAGUCUGCGGAUCACCCGGAACAGAAGACCCGUCUGCGUCUCCAAUUCGGCCAAGAACUGGGAUCCGAGUCUUCAUGCAAAGUUCCCGGUUUACGGGGUGAACAGGACGGGGAUCCUGGUGACGGCGGAGUUUGCGCCGGUUCUCGAGGGAUGUGACGCCAAAGUUCCACUUUCAUGCGCCAAAGCGGUCCGCCAGGAUCAGGGACUUUGCCAGGUAAAGGGGAAAGGUUGUUUCCAAAAAGUGCGUCUCGUUUCAGGGUGAUUUCGGAGGAGCCGCCGUUGCGACAGUGAACGAACACGCGACAGUGCUUGGGAUUUACGCAAAGGGCAACAUCAAGUGCGGCAGCGAUCCGGCCACGAUCAACGAUUACCAGUUCAUCAACAUCGGCUACUACCGGGAGGGCAUCUGUGAGGUCACGGGAGUCUGUGCCGCCGCCCCUGACAAUGAUGUGACCACGGUCCCGCCGGUUAUCACUUCCACGGUUGUGAGCAAUGCCACCGAGACUCCUGAGGUGACUUUCACGAGUGUCGGAAAUGCGACGUACGUCACCGAGGCUCCAGAAGUGGGAAAUGUCACCGAGGUGGCCACUUCUCGACCGAACAGCACCCAAGUGCCUGAAAUCAUUGUCACGUAUGUGACUGAGGUGGUCACUUCUCAACCAAACAGUACCGUGAUCCCUGAAACCACCUCCACUGGAGCCACUGUGAUCGACCUUCUCAAUGGAACUCUCACGGCCGAGACAUUCGAACGACUGAGUCUGAAUGCUUCUUGUGGAAGCGAAUCGGAUUCCGAUUCGGACGGAUCGUAUUCUGGACACGUCAAGGACAUUCACAUUCACAUUCAUUUGGACGGACGAAGAAAGGCGGAUAAUUGA